AUGGGUAUUCCACUGUUCUGCGAGUCCUCCGCAGAUGCUCCGAAGAACAAUCCCGUCAAAGACCCGUGUGCCACUGCGCGCUCCGCAAUUCGUCGCCAGGCUAGUAUUCGUCGUCCCUCGCGCUAUGGCGGCUCCGCCUUGCGCAGCGCAACCCUCCGGUCGCCUUUCCCUCGUCCGCUAGUAGAUGAGAUUGAGCGUGAGGCGAAUGGUCUUCAGCGUCAUGUGCGCUCUCCGCUUUCGAACUCUAGCAGCGCCGACGACCCGUUCGACCUGGCCCGUGGUCUCCUGGAUUCCGAUAGACGCGAAGCCGGCCAGCGACUGCUGAGCGAUGCGCUCCGUCAUGGGCGGCCUGGUCAGCGAUUGAGGAUACCGCGCAGCUCGGCCCUGCCCGAUUUAUACAAUCGUCCAUCGCCGGGUGAUGACACAACCAACCGGCCUGACCAGACUCAUCCCCAGUUCACACCGCGUUUUGCUCCUGCGAUUGCAUACCAUAGGACUGCGUCUCCCCAAGCGCGCCCAGAAGCUGCUCGUCUAUCCCCAUUCCUUCGACCCGAUGGUCUUGGAAGCGAUAUUUCGAUCUCGGCGGGCUUCCCUACCCUGCGACGUGUCGGUGAACGAUCGAUCAACGAGGCGAAUCGUCCCAACCGCGAGUCGGCUAUUGAUGGUCUUGGCGACCGACAGAGAAGUCUGAGUCCCGAUGACGAUCAUGCCAACGAUGCAUGGGAGACUCUCCUUACCACGAUCACGCCGGAUACCAAUCUUCCUAGUGCUGAUUCGUCCUUCACGUCCGCAUCGGCUUCUGGAACGAAUGCUUCUACCGUCGGGACAUCCACAAGUUCGGCAACCUCGCUGCAGAUGUCGAACCCUAUGGAAUCAGGCACGGGCACGGGCACUGUCCAGAUGGUUCUUGAUCCAUACCCCGAGUUCUUAAAUCCCUGUGACUAUUCAAGCUCCAGCGAUUCCGACAGCGAUUCCGAAACAGGGAUCUCUUCCAACGCACUGUUCCGCCGCUACCGUCGUGUUCGCCAGAUGGAGUCACUGAGACGUGCUCAGCAUCUCCAGUCAACCAUGAGCAACCAUCCUCCUAUCCCUACCAUCUCCUUUGCUUUUUCCGAUUCCUCUUCUACUUCUACCGAUCCAGACCUGCAGCAGAUGCAAGCCAUCUUAGAUCGACUUGCGCGUCGCGAGGAUAUCCCCGAAGAAUGGUGGGCGGCAGCUGGACUGUCCCGCACCCUUGGCCGCCGGCUCGGCGCGAAUGAUGACACUAACGACACUGAUAGCGUGGAUGGACCGCUCAGGUCGAGGUGA